GUUUGACGUUUGUUUACGUCAAUUGGAAUUUUCUUCUUCCUUUUUUAUAUUUUUUGGUGUGAAAAAGUGUGUUUUCCCAAGUUAGAAAGAAAAGUGAAAAUUAUGGCGAAAUUCGAUUUGACGCCGAAAAUCGGCCAGUAUUUGGACCGCCAUUUGGUCUUUCCGCUUUUGGAGUUUCUUUCCGCCAAAGAGAUUUACGAUGAGACCGAAGUCCUCAAAGCCAAACUCGACAUUCUGAGCAAAACCAACAUGAUCGAUUACGCGAUCGACAUCAGAAAACAGCUCUAUCCUAUUGAAGACGUCCCUGACGACCUCAAACAACGUCGUCAACACGUCGUCGCCCAACUACAAGAGCUCCAGCAAGAAGUCGAGCCGAUUUUGCAAAUCAUGGCCAACGAGGACGUAAUGAAGAACAUGGAAAACAUGCGCGAUUCCAAGACGCUGAUCGCCUAUUUGGAAAAAGAGGUUAAGUUCGAUAUGGAUAUGAUCAACUCGCUCCACGCCCUGGCCAAGUACCGGUACGAGUGCGGAAACUACUCGGUUUCCACGUCGUACCUGUACUUUUGCAUGCUGGUGCUGCCCCCUAGCGACAAGAACUAUCUGAGCGCCCUCUGGGGCAAGUUCGCCUCGGAAAUUCUGGUUCAGAACUGGGAUUCGGCGCUGGAGGAUCUGAACAAGUUGCGUGAGCAUAUUGAUAACAGUCCGAACCAGUUCGGAGGCAACAGUCUCCAUUUGCUCCAACAAAGAACCUGGCUCAUCCACUGGUCACUUUUCGUCUUUUUCAACCACGCCAUGGGCCGAGAAUUGAUCAUAGAAAUGUUCCUCUACCGCCCCCACUACCUCAACGCCAUCCAGACGAUGUGCCCUCACAUUUUAAGGUACCUUGCGACAGCUGUCAUCAUCAACAGAGGCAGAAGAUCGGCUCUAAAAGACCUCGUCAAAGUGAUCCAACAAGAAAGCUACACCUACAAAGACCCGAUCACCGAAUUCCUAGAACACCUCUACGUCAACUUUGACUUUGACGGCGCCCGCCGCAAACUUCAAGACUGUCAAACGGUACUUUUCAACGACUUUUUCCUCAUCUCGUGUCUGGACGAAUUCGUCGAAAACGCCCGAUUGAUGAUUUUCGAAACUUUCUGCCGGAUUCAUCAGUGCAUCAGCAUCGGGAUGUUGGCCGAAAAGUUGAACAUGAAUCCGGACGAGGCCGAGUGCUGGAUCGUCAAUUUGAUCAGAAACGCGAGGCUGGAUGCGAAAAUUGACUCGAAAUUGGGUCACGUAGUAAUGGGGGCGCAACCCUUGAGCCCCUACCAGCAGCUAAUCGAAAAAGUCGAUUCUUUAUCGGUGCGAUCGGAGACUCUGUGCGGAUUGAUCGACAGAAAAUUGAAGGCACGAACUGACAUUCGCUGGGGAAAUCCGGAAUUCUGAUUUUGAUUUUUGUGAUUUUUAACAGUUAAUAAAAGUUUUAAAGUACGCCACUGGGUUUUUUUCCUCAAUUGUCGAUAUUUUCAGUUAAAAUCGAUUUUUUUUUUGUCAAUAUUGAUUUUCGUUUAUCGAUAUCGAUAUUUUUUAAAAUCGAUAUCGAUAAGUUUUUUUUAUCGAUAUCGAUAUUUUUUUAAAUCGAUAUCGAUAUUUUUUAGAAAAAUUAAAUAAAACAUCACUACUAGCGCCAUCUAUGAAAAUUUAUUUUCCAAAAAAAAAUUACAUGUUCAUUAAUUCUAAAAUUACUCGUCGCUCCUCAGUGCUCGGUAUUUGCUCAGUUCGGUCGGGAAAGAUCGGCUGAGUUCGAGCAGCAUGUUGGCCUUGAAUUUUCGAUACGCAUCGAUCUUGCCUUUCACUUGUUCGUUCUUGGCCAGCGCCUUUUCGAUACAGUCUUUCGUGUAGAGUUGCGGAUUCCGGCCCUGGUCGAUGUAA